AUGUUCCUUACAUUGGUGAUCAGUGGGAAGAAUGUUCCUUACAUUGGUGAUCAGUGGGAAGAAUGUUCCUUACAUUGGUGGUCAAUGGGAAGAAUGUUCCUUACAUUGGUGAUCAGUGGGAAGAAUGUUCCUUACAUUGAGGAUCAGUGGGAAGAAUGUUCCUUACAUUGAGGGUCAGUGGGAAGAAUUCCCCUUACAUUGGUGAUUAGUGGGAAGUAUGCCCCUUACAUUGGUGGUCAAUGGGAAGAAUGCUCCUUACAGGUGUCUGGAACGCUCAUUGGUGUCAGUGGUAUU